AUGAACGAGCCGAAUAGGAACUACACCAUUGAAAGAGAGAAAAUCCCUGUGAAGUUGAGCUACACUAAAUUUGACAAAGAUCUUCAAGAUCACGUGGUUAAACACUACGACAUUGAGAUCUGGCAUAUCAAGAAAACUCCGCUUGCCGUCGCCUUGAACACAGUGGGAUCGGCGGUUGUUCAACAAACUGAAUUUCUGGUAUUAGUGAUUGGAAACGAUGUUUACUACCGAGAAGUACAAUCACAAAAACCACAAAUGCGUCGAACUCGUCGUCCAGGAAUACCCGAGGAAAUUAGACGACAGGGGAUUGAUGUUACAAUUCAGCAAGAGAGCUUCUGGCAGUUUCUCCGUCGUGGGUACCACUCCAUCUUUUAA